ACUCACUCUCACUCACACAGUGUCUCAUAUUCUUAGAAACGUUUCAUCAUCUUCCAUGGCAUUCGCAUCUUCUUCUUCUCACCUCCGCUCCUCGAUCGCUUCGAUCUCUUCGCGCCGAUAUCCGAAAGAUCAAUUUUCGGUUCCCUCGACGGUUUCGUUCGAGAAACGUUUUCAGAAACAGUUUUCGAAACCAGUUUUCCCGGGAUCGGAAAGGAAUCACCUUGUUUUCCCUCUGGAAGCUUCGAAAGCUGCUUCUCUAGAACUUGGAGAUAAUAGCGUAGAUGUAGAAGAUUAUGAGAAGUUGGCCAGAGAGUUGGAAAAUGCUUCUCCGUUUAAAAUUAUGGAUAAAGCGCUUGAGAAAUUUGGGAACGACAUUGCCAUUGCUUUCAGUGGAGCUGAAGAUGUGGCGUUGAUUGAGUAUGCCAAGCUAACUGGUCGACCCUUCAGGGUGUUUAGUCUCGAUACCGGGAGACUAAACGCCGAAACAUACCAGUUCUUUGAUGCUGUUGAGAAGCACUAUGGCAUCCCCAUAGAGUACAUGUUCCCUGAUGCAGUGGAAGUUCAGGCAUUAGUAAGAGGCAAAGGGCUGUUCUCAUUUUACGACGACGGGCACCAAGAAUGCUGCAGAGUGAGGAAAGUUAGGCCUUUAAGGAGGGCCCUUAAGGGUCUCUGCGCUUGGAUUACUGGACAAAGAAAAGAUCAGUCUCCCGGCACCAGGGCUGAGAUUCCGAUCGUACAGGUGGACCCUACAUUUGAAGGAGUUGAUGGAGGUAUUGGCAGUUUGGUGAAGUGGAAUCCGGUGGCGAACAUGGAAGGUCAGGACAUAUGGAGUUUCCUUCGAGCUCUGAAUGUACCUGUCAAUUUUCUGCAUUCGCAAGGUUAUGUCUCUAUUGGAUGCGAGCCGUGCACGAGGCCAGUGCUGCCGGGGCAGCAUGAGCGGGAGGGAAGGUGGUGGUGGGAGGAUUCCAAGGCCAAGGAAUGUGGCCUCCACAAAGGAAACAUCAAGCAAGAAGCGGCGCCACAGCUAAAUGGAAAUGGAAUUUAUCUCGCAAACGGAAGCCCCACGGCUUCUGCGGACAUCUUCAACAGCCAGAACGUUGUGGAUUUGACUAGAAAAGGGAUUGAAAACCUGGCUAGAUUGGAAACCAGAGGAGAACCUUGGCUUGUUGUGCUUUAUGCACCUUGGUGCCGCUUCUGCCAGGCAAUGGAAGGAUCAUAUGUCGAGUUAGCGGAAAAGUUGGCAGGGACAGGGGUGAAGGUAGCUAAGUUCAGGGCUGACGGCGAUCACAAGGCAUACGCACAGCAAGAGCUGCAGCUCGGAAGCUUUCCCACAAUACUGUUUUUCCCAAGACACUCGUCCACGCCUAUCAAGUAUCCAUCAGAGAAGAGAGAUGUCAGUUCUUUGAUUGUUUUCGUGAAUGCUCUACGAUGAUAGAAUGCCAUCUUUUGGCUAGAUUUAGAAUCAGCAUCAAGUGAAUGGAAACGCUCUUUUUGGGCAUAUUUAUUAUCGCUGGAUAGAGCUUUUGAUUGACUAUUUGCAAUGCUAUAAUAGAGGCACACUAAACAAAGCCGAUAAUCUCGGAUCUUGGUUAGGCGAUCAUCUUAGAUUAGGGAGUUAUGUGUAAUCAUGUGGUACGAAUAUCGUGAGAUCAAUCAUCUUGUCGAUCUCAACACUUCAUGCUUUUGUUGAAUAAAAAUGGGUCUUGCUACAGAUUGUAUAGUUUACUUUGGUCUAUAAGUGUGUGUUACAUAUACACACAUACGUGGGGCUUUCGAUACAAACAACUAGAAAGCCUAAAGAAUGUAACAUUCCAUAAGCCUAAACUAUGUGAUUAAAUAAAUUCUCCUUUAUCCGCUGCGGCCCUGCGGGUGGAGUACUCCG